AUGAAAGCAAAAACUAAGCGUUUUAUUAUUGUUUUGACGGGUGUUUUUCUUGUAGUAUUUUGUAUAUUUUCGAUUUUUUCUGAUUCUGACUAUAAAUAUCUAUCACUUGAAACGCCACAGAGGGACAAAUUUGAACAUUUUGAAAGAAUAGUCAAGACUGAAAUUCCUGUAAAUAUUCCAUCCAGAUUUGUUCAUAAAAUUAAUUUUGAAAGUUUAGAAGAUGCUAAAAGAAGAAUUAAAGAAUUGGAAGAAAAAUUAUCUGCUUUGGAACUUAGAACUCCUAAAAAGUUUCCAGAAACAAAGUUUCUUAACUAUAAUACUAGAAAAAGAAUAUUGGUGACUGGAGGUGCUGGUUUUGUUGGGUCUCAUUUAGUUGAUUCAUUAAUGACCCUUGGACAUGAAGUAAUUGUUGUAGAUAAUUUUUUUACCGGAUCAAAAAGAAAUGUCGAACAUUGGAUUGGGCAUAGAAAUUUUGAAUUGAUUCAUCAUGAUAUUGUCAAUCCUUUAUUUAUUGAAAUAGAUGAAAUUUAUCACUUAGCUAGUCCUGCUAGUCCUCCUCAUUACAUGUUUAAUCCUGUAAAAACUAUUAAAACUAACACUGUCGGAACUAUUAAUGUUCUCGGUUUGGCCAAAAGAGUUGGGGCCAAAGUAUUAAUUGCAAGCACAUCAGAAAUUUAUGGAGAUCCAGAAGUUCAUCCUCAGUCUGAAACAUAUUGGGGACAUGUGAAUCCGAUUGGUCCAAGGGCAUGUUAUGAUGAAGGGAAAAGAGUUGCAGAAACUCUUUCCUAUGCAUAUGCUAAACAAGAAAAAUUGGAUGUUAGAGUUGCCAGAAUAUUUAACACAUAUGGUCCUCGAAUGCAUAUGAAUGAUGGGAGAGUAGUUUCUAAUUUUAUUUUGCAGGCAUUAAAAAAUGAAACCAUCACUAUCUAUGGUACAGGAAAACAAACGAGAUCCUUUCAAUAUGUGUCUGAUUUAGUAGAUGGCUUAUUAGCAUUAAUGGCUUCUAAUUUUACUGAACCUGUAAAUUUAGGCAAUCCAGUUGAAAGAACGAUUCAAGAUUUUGCUCUUAUUAUAAAAAAAUUAGUUGGUGGUAGUUCAAAAAUUAAACAAACCAUGGCAGUUGAAGAUGAUCCUCAAAGGAGAAAACCAGAUAUAACAAGAGCUAAAAAAUUUUUAAAUUGGGAACCAAAGGUAAAUUUUACAAAAAAAAACUUUAUUCAUUAA